AUGCACAAGAACGCACAGCAGAAUGAGAUAUUCCAAGACACGUACAACAGACAGCCUAAAGGUACCCCAAUAACCCCGAAGACUCAAUCACCGUGCAAAACCCCGCCAUCUCCAUAUCACCUCGAAAAACAAAGUAUAUCAAGCGCACCACCUACCACCCUCCAUAACCUAUCCAACACACCACUCGAUACCAAACCCCAAAUCAUAAGACCGAUAACAAUCACAAUCACAAUUACACAAUACGCAGGCAUAUACCGAGAAACCAUCACCGUGGCAGUCGAAAGAAACCAGAACAGUACAAACAAGCCCAUAAGCCCCGACCUGCUACUGCGUCUGCUACUGGCCCGGAAGGGAGAUUUCCUAGCCGGUGGAGGAAACACCGAAGAGGAAGGUUAG